AUGACCUUUCCAACACGACUUUCUGGAUAUCAAUCGGCUUCACGAAUCCAGCAGUACACGAUCAAGCGCCCUGAACGAAAAGACAGCGCAAAAUACAACCUUAUACCAACCAUGUCCUCCAUCAGCCUCCGCCUCCGCGCACUACAGCGCCCUGUCGUAUCUCAACUCCGCGCCUUCACCACUACACCCAGCCAUGCAAAGCUGAUGGACACCCCCAACCCUGCCUCCAACCUUCCAGACCCUUCUGAGAACUCAUCAGCCGCACCCAACGCCAAGAUGCGUUCGGACACGCAAAACACCGACCAGCAAUCGAGUGCGUCGCCUGACGAGCACAAGACCGGCGACGACCAUCCGGCGAAGCAGCCAGACCACCAGGCGCAGCCGACUCGGACGACGGGGAUUGGGGGCGAGACAAAGGUGCAAGGAGGGAAAGAGGGACUGGGUGAGAGGGGCGAUAAGCAGUAG